AGACUGCAGCAGACACAGGGAGAAGACACCAGCUUUCCUCCUAAUUGUGUCACCGGCAUCAUGAUGUCCAGCGUGCGCCGGCACAGCCUCCGCCUGCAGACGGAGCUCCACCGGUGGAGCAUCUGCGACCCGGGCAGCCACCUGCUCCAGGCCCGGGUCCACGCUUGCAUCUCCCGCUCCAAGUCCCUGCACGCUACGCCGGGGAAGUCGGACGGGAGCCGCGGGAGCUGGUCGUCCUCAGACUCGGUCAUCUCCACCGACUCUGCCGGGGAGCCCUCGGAACCCGGGAGACCGUACCGGGUGCUGCUGUUAGGGGCCAGCGGGGUCGGCAAAACAGCCUUCGCCAGCAUCUUCGCCGGGGCAGCGGACAGCAUGGACAGCGACGACUGCGAGCUGCGUGGAGAUGACGUGUGUGAAAAGGAAAUUGAAGUGGAUGGAGAGCCUGCAACUAUAACUCUGCUUGACACAUGGGAUGCAGAGACUGGCCACGAGUGUGCUCAGGAGCACUACAUGCAGACCGGCGAUGCCUACCUGUUGCUGUACUCUGUAACUGACCGGGCCUCAUUCCUGCGAGCCUCCCAGCUCCGGAUUACCCUGCGGCGUUUCCGCCCCGCGCAGCACACACCGAUCAUCCUGGUGGGGAACAAGUGUGACCUGGUGCGACGCAGAGAGGUGUCAGUCAGCGAGGGUCGAGACUGUGCAGCUGUGUUCGACUGCAAGUUUAUCGAAACCUCAGCCGCCAUGCAGCACAACGUUUGGGAAGCUUUUCACGGCAUGGUGCGACAGCUGCGUCUACGCCGAGACUCCAAGGCAGCCAACAGGCGUCGCCGGCACCCACACUGUCACACACGCCGCGAGAGCCUUCCUAUGAAGGCCAAACGCUUCCUCGACAAGGUGAUGGCCAAGAACAAUCGUGUGGCAUUCUGGCUGAAGUCUAAGUCCUGUCAUGAUCUCUCUGUGUUGUAGAAAACAUGACAAACACUUGUUUUUAACUGUACGCAAAAGCUUGGAGCAGCUGAACAAGUUACGGCCUGGAGAUCAGAAUUUGUGGACGCCUGCUUCUGAGGGUUGGAUGUGUUCCCACUGAGGCAGCCUGGUGUACAUGAGAGGUGUGUGCAUCCUUCCUGCACUGCCAUCCACAUGUUGCAGUCUCAACCAGACUACGUGGACUGAGCUCAGCCCUCGGUAACUGACCGGACAAUCAGCUGAUGAAGUGAUGUUUCCGGUUGCAAAGACUCGUUGUGUCUGUUGUGGCAUAAACUUUGGAGGUUAGAAAUCAACUGAUGGAAACGGAGAGAAGGAUGUUAUGUUCUUGUGUUUUCAACAGACUACAUUAAUUUGAGUCUUUACUCUGCAUGUUGCUCUCAUUCCUCCCUAAUUUGUCAUCUGCAGAUUCCCCAAGUGCUAAGGUUACUAGUUGUAAGCUAUUGAUGAUCAAGUAUGAUGAUAAACAUUUUAGUUUGGACUCUCUCUACUUUUUAUGUGUUGUAUUUUGCACUGACUGUAAAUAAAUAAAUGAUUAUGUGUUGUA